AUGGCGGCCGCUGAGGGAAUAUUAACGGAAAAAUGUUUGAAUAAAUUACCUUCACGGAAAAUGUAUGAAAAAUUUAAGAGCAGGGAUUAUCAUGGGAUCUGUGCAGGAUGGGAUAAAACAGAGAAAGUGAAGAUAUUACUGCAAUUGGACAAGAAACCUAAUGAUACAACUCUUAAAGAUAAAAUUAUGAGUGCUCUCUGCUAUAUAAUGAAGAAUAAGGACAGAGGCACUGACAUAAAGGAACUGGAUAAAUGUAAGUUUCUUUAUUAUUACGUAGGUAAUGCUUUGUAUGCAACAUAUAAAGAUAAGGAUAAAACUGAUGCUGAUGAUAAUUUCUAUGAUGUUAUGGAAAAUGUAGAUAAGGCAAUACAAGCUAAUGCGCCCCAAUUGAAGGACUGUUUCCUACCCCCUGAUAGUUCUAUUGAUAAGGAAUUCCCAAUAUGGAAAGCACUAUUCGAUUAUUACCACGACAAAGACACUAUAUUGGGGCAUAUGAAGGAUGGGAAUAAGAAGUGUAGUAGAAAAUAUCAGGAACACUUACAAGCAAUAAAGGGCGCUUAUACCACUAUGCGUGGGCAGUGUAUAGUGGGGGACAAGGGAACCAGUACAUGGUGCGAUGAAUUUAAGAAACUUUUCCCAGAACAUAAAGCUAACAGUAGUUUAGACUUAAAAUGUCAGGAGGUAGAAGGUACGGAUGCGUCCCUCCAGGAUGGAAAUGGUUGUCCAAAUCAAGCGGGUCAAACUGAUAGGGCGCAUGGCACAGGUGGCUCAACGUCGAGCGCACACGAGGGGUCCUCCACUGAUGCGGCUUCCCUUGAAAGUAAAAUUGUUUAUACAUCUUCUGCACUUGCAUCGGUAGGAUUACCCGCUAUCGCAUUCCUUUUAUAUAAAUAUUCCUCCUUACCUUCUUGGAUAGGUAACACGUUCUUUGGAGGUGGAAGGAACAAUAUUACAAGUAACAGAAAGAAAAGAACAUUUCGGAGCGACUUCGAUACAUUCACAGAAAAUGAUUCAACAGACCUGUCGACCGUAUACUCAAUGGACGAAUCCAUAACAGAAGAUAAUUCUACUUUAUAUGAUGGAUCAUCUGGGCGGCAGAAUAAUAGCAGGCAACAACAACAGAGACGAAGACAACACGGACAGAGUACGAAUAUGGCUUAUCAUAAAAUGUAA